GUGCCAAAUUCCAAUAGCAGCCGUUCAUUUCCCAAAUCCAUUCCUCUCUCCCACUCUUUCUUUCAGCAGCUGAGACCUGACCCUGUGAAAGAGUGAGCGAGUGAGAGAGAAAUGGCACUUAGCUUCUUCAACAGCUCGGCCUUCUAUACGAUGAGCCCUAACCUUCCUAGUCCUACUCCUAGAAGAAGCUUCUUCGCUUCUCCACUCUCUAACCAACUCUCCGGCCUUCGCUUUUCUUCAUCUUUUACCUCCAAACGGGCCCUCAAUUUCCGUUCCCCUAAUACCUCUCACCGACCGAUCAGAUGCUCGGUUUCUCAAGUUACGGAAACCACCACGUCUGAGAAGAAGAGCCAGUUGAAGAGGAGAAGUGACAUUAGGAAUAUAGCGAUUGUAGCUCAUGUAGAUCACGGAAAGACAACUUUGGUUGAUUCUAUGUUGAGGCAAGCAAAGGUUUUUCGUGACAACCAAUUUGUACAGGAAAGGAUAAUGGACUCUAAUGAUCUAGAGCGUGAAAGAGGAAUUACAAUCCUUAGCAAAAAUACAUCUAUCACAUAUAAAGAUGUAAAGAUUAACAUAAUUGAUACUCCCGGGCACUCUGACUUUGGAGGGGAAGUGGAACGAAUCCUCAAUAUGGUGGAAGGGGUUCUUCUAGUGGUAGAUUCUGUUGAGGGUCCAAUGCCUCAAACGAGAUUUGUUCUAAAGAAGGCACUAGAAUUUGGGCUUGCUGUUGUUGUUGUGGUCAAUAAGAUUGACAGACCUUCUGCUCGUCCUGAGUUUGUCGUCAAUUCGACUUUUGAACUCUUUAUUGAACUGAAUGCAACAGAUGAACAGUGUGAUUUCCAAGCAAUAUAUGCUAGUGGUAUUAAGGGAAAGGCGGGAUUAUCACCUGAAAUUUUGGCGGAAGAUCUUGGCCCACUUUUCGAGUCCAUAAUCAGAUGCAUACCUGGUCCACACAUUGAAAAAGAUGGUGCACUGCAAAUGCUUGUUACAAAUAUUGAGUAUGAUGAACAUAAAGGCCGAAUAGCCAUUGGACGCUUACAUGCUGGAGCUCUGCGUAAAGGAUUGGAUGUGAGGGUAUGCACCUCAGAAGAUUCAUGUAGGUAUGCAAGAGUUAGUGAGCUUUUUGUGUAUGAGAAAUUCAAUAGGGUUCCUGCAGAUAGUGUGGAAGCUGGCGACAUAUGUGCAGUCUGUGGGGUUGAUGAUGUACAGAUUGGCGAGACGAUUGCUGAUAAAUCAUCUGGGAAGCCUUUACCUGCCAUUAGGGUGGAAGAACCAACUGUCAAAAUGGCUUUCUCCAUAAAUACUUCUUCUUUUGUUGGGCGUGAGGGAAAGUAUGUUACAAGUAGAAACUUGAGAGAUCGGCUCUACCGUGAGCUCGAGCGUAAUUUGGCUAUGAGAGUUGAUGAUGGAGAAACAGCAGAUACAUUCAUUGUUAGUGGUCGUGGUACAUUACAUAUCACCAUACUGAUAGAAAACAUGCGAAGAGAAGGAUACGAAUUCAUGGUGGGACCCCCCAAAGUUAUCAACAAAAAAGUAAAUGAAAAGUUGCUGGAACCAUAUGAGAUUGCCACAGUGGAGGUACCAAAAGAACACAUGGGACCUGUGGUUGAACUUCUUGGCAAAAGGCGUGGACUGAUGUUCGAUAUGGAAGGGGUUGGGUCGGAAGGAACAACACUACUGAAAUAUAAAAUUCCAACCCGCGGUCUUCUUGGGUUGCGAAAUGCAAUUUUAACAGCUUCUCGGGGCACGGCAAUUCUCAACACCAUAUUUGAUAGCUAUGGACCUUGGGCAGGUGAUAUUACUACCAGGGAUCAGGGUUCACUGGUUGCCUUUGAGGAGGGAACAACUACUUCUUAUGCCCUUUUUAGUUCACAAGAGAGGGGGCAGAUGUUUGUUGGUCCUGGGGUGGAGGUUUAUAAAGGUCAAAUAGUCGGUAUUCAUCAGCGGCCUGGGGACUUGUCUCUUAAUGUCUGCAAGAAAAAGGCUGCAACAAAUGUACGCUCCAACAAGGAGCAAACAGUGGUUCUUGAUACCCCAUUGAGUUAUAGUCUGGACGACUGCAUUGAGUACAUUCAAGAAGAUGAACUGGUUGAGGUCACUCCGUCAAGUAUCCGAAUGUGCAAAAAUCCCAAAAUUACAAAGAAGUCGAGGUAGACAUUCGAUGUAGAUGUCUACCAUCUGGAUAUGCUGUCAAAGCGCCUUUGAAAAACCUAUCCCAAUUUCAUUGAAACCGCAUACAUUUUGCAAUUAGCUAUUUCCAUCCACACAAUCCGACCUCUCCCUCUCCCUCUCCCUCUCCCUCUCCCGUCUUACAGUAGUUUAACUAAUUCGAAUUGUUGGGAGAAAGGGGUACAUGAAUUUUUGCUUUCUAGUAUGAUGACUGUAUAUAAUGUUGCGGUAAAUUAAUAAUUGUACAACAGAUGAGGAUGCUCAAUAGUGAAUUAUACGAAAGUGCUCAUAAACGUCAUGAACAGGUCACUUUUUUUGGUGUAAUGGGUAAUUUAGCCGCAUACAUGCAAAGAAAAAUGUACGUCACUUGCCAUUUCUUCUGUUGA